AUUCCUUUGCUACUAUUUUCAUAAUUCAUUGAAAUACUCCUUGCUCUGUUGGCUUCUACUGCUAUUAUCGCUUGCUCAACCUGAAUAAUCCACUAGAGAGAGGAAAGAAACAACAAUGACCACAGUCGUCGAUAGCAAAGUAGCUGAUAAGAACGUAGUGAGUCAAGCUUCUACGCCUGAGCCCGGCGCUACAUCGCAAGAUACAAGGAAUGAAUCACCAGAGAACAAGAAAGUACGAGAUACACCUACAGUCGCUGGUGUCUCUCAGAAUGCUAGCACUGCGUCUAAGCCUGCUCAAAAGCUCAAAUCUGUCAACAAACCUGUGCAAAAGUUCAAGUUUGUUAACAAUUCUGCAACCACGAUGAAGAAGCCUAGACAUAAGAUGAAGGCAUCUUUCAAAAUUGAAAAAUCACCGGUCAUUAAUCAGAGGAGCUCACAACUGAACCAGGAUUCUUUGAUCAUCGAGCAGACAUUUGAUAAAGUCACCAGCAACUUCAUCAAUACAACUGACCAGAAGUAUAUCUUCCAAGUGAAUAUGAAGAGGCCACCAGGAAGACCAAGGAAAAUCCAGUCGGAGCACCUUCAACAACCAAAGGUCAAGAGGCCCCAAGGAAGACCAAGGAAAUACCCCCUUGUGAUUGCACAGGGAGAAGCAUCAAAUAAGGGCAAGACCAUCCCACGCGGUGAUGUUAAAAGCAAUAAUGAUAAAGACGGUGAUAAGAACAGCCACAGCAACAUUAGUAAUGAUGACAAUGACGAUAUAAACUCGGAUGCAUCUUCUUCAUAUGCAAUUGAUACUGAUCUACUACCGAGUACAUCUACAAAGGCUAAGCUUAGUAAGGAACCAGAGAACACAACGGACGCAAUCACUGUGGCAGAAAACCUCACAGCACACCUUACAGAGAACCUUACAGAGGGGCCGUCGAGCACAGAUCAUCCAAAAUCGGUAAAAAGAGGUAGAGGAAGACCCAGAAAAAACACACAGCUGGAUGAUCCAGCAUCAUUCGCCGCUGCCGUCGUGAUGAACAUGUCUGAAACGGAUAAAUAGAAACUGACGAUACCACUGCCAUUUAACUGGAUACUGUGUAGCAUCACUUAGCGAUACACCAUCAUAACAAUCGUCAUAAUAAUUAUAUAAUAGUUAUAUAAUCCAAUGACACAAAUAGCCGGCUGGUGUCCGGAUGUCGGUGUCCCCACGCGAA